AUGGGUGGUGAAGCCCUUCGUGGGGCCACAGGCAUUGAUCCUGGCAAACUCCUGCCAGGGAAAAAGAGUAAAAUAAAGCAAGGUCUCCUUCCUAGCUUAGAAGAUUUACUUUUCUAUACUAUUGCAGAAGGACAAGAAAAAAUACCAGUUCAUAAGUUCAUAACUGCACUCAAAUCUACAGGAUUACGUACAUCUGAUCCCCGACUGAAAGAAUGCAUGGAUAUGUUAAGACUGACCCUUCAAACAACUUCAGAUGGAGUUAUGCUAGACAAAGACCUUUUUAAAAAGUGUGUACAAAGUAAUAUUGUGUUGCUUACUCAAGCUUUCAGGAGGAAAUUUGUCAUUCCAGAUUUUAUGUCGUUUACUUCACAUAUUGAUGAGCUGUAUGAAAGUGCUAAAAAACAAUCUGGAGGAAAGGUUGCUGACUACAUUCCACAGCUGGCCAAGUUCAGCCCUGAUUUGUGGGGUGUGUCACUUUGCACAGUGGAUGGACAGAGGCACUCUGUCGGCGAUACCAAAGUUCCGUUUUGUCUUCAGUCCUGUGUGAAGCCUUUGAAAUAUGCUAUUGCUGUUAAUGACCUUGGCACAGAGUAUGUGCACAGAUAUGUUGGUAAAGAGCCUAGUGGAUUAAGAUUCAACAAAUUGUUCCUGAAUGAAGAUGACAGGCCCCAUAACCCUAUGGUGAAUGCUGGAGCAAUUGUGAUCACAUCUUUAAUCAAGCAAGGAGCAAACAAUGCAGAAAAAUUUGACUACGUGAUGCAAUUCAUGAAUAAAAUGGCUGGUAAUGAGUAUGUUGGAUUCAGUAAUGCCACGUUCCAGUCUGAAAGAGAGAGUGGAGAUAGAAACUUCGCAAUCGGCUACUACUUGAAAGAAAAAAAGUGCUUUCCUGAAGGCACAGAUAUGGUUGCUAUACUAGACUUCUAUUUUCAGCUCUGCUCAAUAGAAGUAACGUGUGAAUCAGCAAGUGUGAUGGCAGCGACGCUGGCUAACGGGGGCUUUUGCCCAAUCACUGGGGAAAAAGUACUGAGCCCUGAAGCAGUCCGGAAUACCUUGAGUUUAAUGCAUUCCUGUGGCAUGUAUGACUUCUCAGGGCAGUUUGCUUUUCAUGUUGGUCUUCCUGCUAAAUCUGGAGUUGCUGGUGGGAUUCUUCUGGUUGUUCCUAAUGUCAUGGGCUUGAUGUGCUGGUCACCUCCUUUGGACAAGAUGGGCAACAGUGUUAAAGGAAUUCACUUCUGUCAUGAUCUGGUUUCUUUGUGCAAUUUCCAUAACUACGAUAAUUUGAGGCACUUUGCAAAAAAGCUUGAUCCUCGCAGAGAAGGUGGUGAUCAGCGGGUGAAAUCUGUGAUAAAUCUGCUGUUUGCUGCCUACACAGGGGAUGUGUCUGCACUCCGAAGAUUUGCUCUGUCGGGAAUGGACAUGGAACAAAGAGACUAUGACUCAAGAACAGCCCUGCACGUAGCAGCUGCAGAAGGACAUGUGGAUGUUGUUAAAUUCCUNCUGGAAGCAUGCAAAGUGAAUCCCUUCCCCAAAGACAGGUGGAAUAACACUCCUAUGGAUGAAGCUUUACAUUUUGGACACCACGAUGUUUUUAAAAUUCUUCAGGAAUAUCAGGUCCAAUACACACCAUCAGAGGAUUCCAACAACGGGAAGGAGAACCGAACGGUUCAUAAAAACCUAGAUGGCUUACUAUAAUCUUCAGCUAGAUCCUAAGAAUCAAAUCACUCACCUAUUUAAUUGUGGUAUACAUAAGUAAUGAAGAGCGUGUGUGUUUCUAUCUGAUAGUGGUAUAUAUUUUACAGAAGUCUCUGUUACUUCAGUGUUAUGUUACAGGAGUUUCUAUGCGCACAGGACAAAUCC